AUGGCGAAGAAAGUUGAAUAUCCGAGUUGGAUUGAGGUUGCGCCACCACUUAUUAUUUCCCCACAAAAGACCUCCAAUUCUCCUAGCCUUGAGACAAUUAUAGAAGAGGAUUCUGCAGAGAAUUGUGAAGAUGAUUCUGUUUUAGUGCUUAAAAGGGAAAUGGCGAAGCAUAUUGAGGUUGGAGACCCUGAAUUUACAGCAAAAGACUAUCAAGACCCACCUCCAGCACCGUUGAUUGAUCCUGAAGAACUGACUAAAUGGUCAUUUUACAGGGCUAUCAUUGCUGAAUUCGUAGCUACUUUACUGUUCUUAUACAUUACUGUUUUGACUGUAAUUGGCUACAAGAGCCAGAGCGCCACCGAUGAGUGCGGCGGCGUUGGCAUUUUGGGGAUUGCUUGGGCCUUUGGUGGCAUGAUUUUUGUACUUGUUUACUGCACUGCUGGUAUUUCCGGAGGGCACAUUAACCCGGCAGUGACUUUCGGGUUGUUUUUAGCCCGAAAGAAGGCUUACUAUGUUAGAUACGGUGGUGGCGCCAAUGGACUUGCAGUUGGAUAUAGCACAGGCACCGGAUUGGCGGCCGAGAUCAUCGGCACUUUUGUCCUUGUUUACACUGUUUUCUCGGCCACGGACCCUAAAAGAAGUGCCAGAGACUCCCAUGUUCCGGUAUUGGCACCACUGCCUAUUGGAUUUGCUGUGUUCAUGGUUCAUUUGGCUACAAUUCCGAUCACCGGCACCGGUAUCAACCCUGCCCGAAGUUUGGGAGCUGCAGUGAUGUAUGGCAAGGAUAAGGCCUGGGACGAUCAAUGGAUCUUCUGGGCAGGACCUUUCAUUGGGGCAGCCAUUGCUGCAUUCUACCAUCAGUACAUUCUUAGAGCAGGUGCAGUUAAAGCUCUAGGAUCAUUCAGGAGUAGUGCUUCUGCUUAUUAA